UUUCCUCCUUAUAUGAAAGGCCAACAAGCCGUAUAUUCAUUGUUCCUAAAAGAGAAACUCAAAGAAAAGAAGCAAGCAGAAAUGGCUGAUUCUCCAAUAAGCAGGCCCCAGGGUCUGUUGACAUUCAGGGAUGUGACUGUAGACAUCUCCCAGGAGGAGUGGGAAUACCUGGACUUUGCUCAGAGGGCUUUGUACCUUGAUGUGAUGUUGGAGAAUUAUAGCAACCUCAUCUUUGUGGAGAACUAUUGCAUAUGUGAUCUUGUCCAUCAACAUGAGAAGACUGAAAAGGAUUCUUGUCAGUGUAAUGACCUUGAGAAAAUGCUUCAUGACUUCUCCACAUGUGCACUUUAUAGAACAAGUAAAACUACAGAAAACUCUAAUAACUACACAUGCAGUAAUCACAGGGAUGCCUCUGUUGACUCAUCAAACCCAGAUAAACAUGACAGCAUGCACACUGGAGAAGAUCCUUGUAAAUCUAAAGACUGUGAAAAAUCUUUGAAUUUGUGUCCCAACAUUACUCAAGAUCAGAGAGUCUACACUGCAGAGACAGAGCACAGACAGGGAGAAUGUGAUGACUACUAUGACUCAACAUAUAGUCAUUUACGACAAACUAUCUACAUUGGAGAGAAACCAUACCAGUGUGGGAAAUGUGGGAAAUGUUUCAGUACUGCCUCAAGCCUCAGUGGACAUAUGAGAAUACAUACUGGAGAGCAACUUUUCAAAUGUGGAGAAUGUGAUAUGUCCUUUAACCACCAUACAACUCUUAGAAAACAUCAGAGAGUCCACACUGGAGAGAGACCUUAUAGUUGUAAGGAAUGUGACAAGUCUUUUACUAGGUUCUCAUAUUUUAUAGCACAUCAAACAAUUCAUACUGAAGAGAAACCCUACAAAUGUGGAGAAUGUGGCAAAUCCUUUAUCCACCAUUCAAAUCUUAGAACACAUCAGAGAGUCCAUACUGGAGAGAGACCUUAUAGUUGUAAAGAAUGUGACAAAUCUUUUACUACAUGCUCGGACCUCAGAAAACAUCAGAAAAUUCAUUCUGGAGAGAGACCUUACAGUUGUACGGAAUGUGACAAAUCCUUUACGAGGUGUUCCCACCUCAAAGCACAUCAGAAAAUUCAUACUGAAGAGAAACCCUACAAAUGUGGAGAAUGUGACAAAUCCUUUAUCCACCAUUCAUACCUUAGAAUACAUCAGAGACUCCACACUGGAGAGAGACCUUAUAGUUGUAAGGAAUGUGACAAAUCUUUUACUACAUGCUCCAUCCUCAGAAAACAUCAGAAAAUUCAUUCUGGAGAGAGACCUUACAGUUGUAAGGAAUGUGACAAAUCUUUUAUCAGGGCUUCCUACCUCAGAGCGCAUCAGAAAAUUCAUACUGGAGAGAAACCCUACAAAUGCAAAGACUGUGAUAGAUCCUUUCUCCGGAUUUCUACUCUUAAAAUACAUCAGAAAGUUCAUUCUGGAGAGAGACCUUACAAAUGCCAAGACUGUGACAUGUCCUUUAAGCAAAUUUCAAAUCUUAGAAGACAUCAGAGAGUUCAUUCUGGAGAGAGACCUUACAGUUGUAAGGAAUGUGACAAAACUUUUAUCAGGGCUUCCUACCUCAGAGCGCAUCAGAAAAUUCAUACUGGAGAGAAACCCUACAAAUGUAAAGACUGUGACUUGUCCUAUAUCCACCUUUCAAGUCUUAGAAGACAUCAGGAAGUUCAUACUUGA